CUGCCAGGCCCUCGAAGCAGAGGACAAACACAGAAAGGACAUAGAUGCGAUAAUGCAGAUAGAUGAGAGGAAGAGGCCGUACUCCAGCCUGCAGGAAGUGAAGGCGGCCACCGAGGAGGAGCUGGAGGCCUUCCGCAUGAAGCGCGGCCGGUCAGAUGAUCCCAUGUCAUCCUUCCUUGCAAAGUUACCACCUCCCCUCCCUGCUGACUCUCCUAAACUCUCCCCCUGGGAUUAAUGCAUUUUCAUAAAUAAAAUGUAUUUGACUACAUUGUGUCAUGAAAGAGAGUUAGUGUUAGGUGCUUAUUUGCCAAUAUCGUCUCAUAGAAACCUGCAACCCGAGAAGCGCUGAUGUCAUUUCUGUUCACACUGUGAACUCAGGGCACUGCCUCACCCAACAGCUGGAACAUUUUUAUGUCUCUCUGCUCUUGGCUCUGCAUCCCUGAGAUAAACAUAAACACAUUUCAUACACUGCUGCAGACCACUGUAUUGUGCUGUUAAAUGUGCACUUGUAAGUUUAACACACCUCUGGUUAACUUAUUAUAAAAAACUUAAAAAGAUUAAACUUAACUUUAUUAUCAUAUACAAGAAAACCUGUGGCUCUAUUCUCUUUUUUCAUAAUAUCUGAUAUGUAACAUUUAUUUUCCCAUCGUAUGAGUUUGAUGCUUCAUCUGUGCAAAACAGUCGCACCGACAUGAAUACAAUGACAUCAUGGUGAAAAAAUGUUCUGGCAGUGUACUUGCUUAAACAGGGCGGAUGUUGUGGACUGUGACUGCACAUUUCUCUUCAGUUCUUCUCUCAGAGACUUAUCUCACCCGACACUGGAAAGUCAUGUAGAGCGCCUGUGCUCUCACAUGCAGAGAAAGGACUUGGAUAGUGAUUGGGACAUAAUCUCUAAACUGUUUCCAACAUGCUCCAGAUGUGUGUGUUGCUCUGUUUGCUGUCAGUUGUCAUCCCCCAGUCAACAAAUUCCUCAUCCAAGAAAGGUCGCAACAUCACCAUCCACUCCUCCCAGCUGGUUUGCAGUCUGCCAGGUCCAGUGGGGCCUGCGGGGAACCCAGGGGCCCAUGGAUCCCCAGGGGCCAUGGGACCCAUGGGGCCGCCGGGGAAGGAUGGGCCAGAUGGGAAGGAUGGGGAAAAGGGAGAAAAGGGAGAUGGAGGGGAUGCAGGAAGGACUGGGAACCCAGGGAAACCUGGUGUCAAAGGCCGUGAAGGUUUUAUCGGCAAGGCCGGACCCCGGGGGCUGAAGGGGCUUCGUGGAACACCAGGGUUGGCUGGAAAAAGGGGACCAAAGGGAGUGCUGGGUGACAUGGGCCAGGAAGGGGCCCCUGGCGGCUGCAACUGUAAUAGAGCGGCCCGCUCAGCUUUCUCCGUAGCCAUGACAAAGAGCUACCCCAAAGAACGAAUGCCCAUCCGCUUCAGCCGGAUCCUGCUGAAUGAAGGAAAUCACUACAACGUCAGCAGUGGGAAAUUUGUCUGCAUUAUCCCUGGAGUCUAUUAUUUCACUUAUGAUAUCACUUUGGCAAAUAAACACCUGGCCAUCGGGCUGGUGCACAAUGGAAAGUACAAGAUCAAGACUUUUGAUGCAAACACAGGAAACCACGAUGUGGCAUCUGGCUCUACGGUUCUCCACCUGCAGCAGGGAGACCAGGUCUGGCUGCAGAUCUUCUACUCGGGACAGAAUGGACUCUUCUUUGACCCUUUCUGGACAGACAGCACCUUCACUGGCUUCCUAAUCUACCCGGACCAGGACUUUCUCAAUGAAGCUGACACCAAAGCAAAUGCUAAGGAUGACAGUUAACCCUGAACAAGGUUUUGGAUUUGUUUUGAUUUUAUAAUUGACUCUUUCCAUUGACUUUAUUUCAUUUUUGAAUGGAUAGGUCCCCUGCUGAAGGCCUCAGUGACGUGUUGAGUUCUGACACUAGGGGGCACCCAGGGAAAGAAGAAACGCAACAACGUUUGGGAAACCACCCAGCAAUUAUGUAUCACUCAUGAAAUCACAAUUCUGUCAAAAGAUCUUUUCAAAAAUGUAUUAUUCAAGAAUGGAAUUAAUAUUUAAAAUUACUUUGUUUCAUUAGAUUAAUGCAGUUUACAGGAGCUGUGAGACUGCUGUGAGUUUUAAAAAGUGGCACAGAGCCAUAGUCUCUGAUGCAACCAUGUUUUUAUCCACUACAAUAAAACUCAAAUCAGUAAAAAUUGUAUAUCCCAGUCUAGGGGGAACCUGAGCAUAACAGAAAGUUGGCUUCUCUUGUUUCUCCACACUUUUAGAUUUAUUUUAUCUUGUAGUCUGUCCAUUGUUUUACCUUCUGCUCUGCAUUUUUUUCACCCUUGUUUCAUAGCUAGUCUCGUAAAACAGUUAGGUUUUAAGUUCCAAUUAAGUACAAGCCAAAGCUGUUGUUUAAAGUUACAUGAUUUGAUUGUCUGAAAUGUAAAGUCCGCAACAAGUAAAUAAUUUGACAUUUUAAAAACAAUGAAGUAUUGAAUUUUCUUGUUGAACUAAACUUAAUCAAAAUUCGUACUCAUUCAACAGCUCAACACAUCAAUAUUUACAUUGUAAAUCCAAUACAACACAACUCCAGGAUUGUGUUGCACUUGUAGUCUGCUUUGCUCCCUCUGUCCAGUGGAGCCUGAUGGGAUUUAAAUCUGGAGACUGUACUGCUCUUCAUAGGUUAAGACUUCUUCAUUGGGUUCAUUAGGGCCCGAGCACUGAUAGUGCAAAGCAUUGCUUUUUGAUUGAUUAUUCAGGAAAAUUUAUAGAAUUUUUUGACAGCUUGAACAUACUAAAAAAAAACACCAAACUUUGUGUGCGCAUCAGGCCUGAUGAAAAUCUACGUAUUGUUGUGUAAUUCGAAAUUUGGUACAUACGUGUAUCAUGCCCGGACGAGAAUUAGUUCCUGCCACCAUUUGAUUAAGGCAACAGGAAGUCGGCCUUUUUGGAUUUUGAGGCCACUUUGGCCGUUUUCAACGAACUCCUCAUUGAGCUUUCAUCUGAUUAACUUCAAAUUUGGUGAGUGGAGAUUAAAACUUACUCAAAUUGUGAGUUUUCGUCACACGGCGUGACCUGGGCGGAGCGUCACAGCCCUAGUUUCUUCUUGGGAUCAACCCCUGACCAACCAGUUCGUCUUCCAUUGUUAUCCUUUUGUGAUUGCAACAUACAGCCCAUCUUCUUACAGUAUUGUUGUUGUUACGUAUCAGAUGGUGUGAUAACACUAUUUACUUUACACAGAAGGAGUGUUUGCAAUCAGCACAAAUUCUUGCACUUAUUGGAGCUGUUUACAUAAACUAAUGUCAUUCAUUUCCACCACGGCUGGAAAGCUGUUUAUUAACCAAUAGCGUAAUCCCCAAAAAGGCCUAUUUUCUACAGAAUCCUAUCUGCAAUUCUGGAGGAAAAAAAAUGGAUCAAUUUCACAUUAUAAUGUAAAAUGUAUCAUGUUUUAAUGUGAUAACUUGUGGUUUAACAAUAAAACUAACAAUAGAGAGUUAUAA